AUGGACCAAGACUACGAGAUGGAUGGUUUUGUGUCAGACAAGGAGUUCAUGGCUAACAUAGUUGGAAAGAUGAUGUUUGUCUCUGGAGAAACCGCAGAACCCUCCGUAGAGACCACCACUUUGAUUGAAGAGAUUGUUCGCCAACAAGUCAUCGCAAUGCUUACUCGAAGCACAAUUCUUGCUACUCGUCGUGGUGUUCGAUCUAUAUCCACAGAUGAUCUCUUCUUCCUCAUACGCCACGAUAAAGCAAAGGUUUCGCGAUUAAAAACUUUCCUCUCCUGGAAAGACGUCCGCAAGAACGUGAAGGAUUCCGAUGACAAGGGAGGCGCUGACGCUGGUGAUUUCGGUGCUGGAGAUGACCCGCUUGCUGGUGCUGCUCAAGAUGUUGCCGCUAAACCAAAGACUAAACGCGCCAAAAUUGGACUUCCCUGGGAUCUCAACAGUCUUUAUUCUGUUCAGGUGCCUGAACGCGAGGAUGAGGAAGAUGAGGAGGAAGAGGAACAGAAUUAUGCAACUCUUCAGCGUCUUGCCAAUGCCGAUGAACGUACUAAGAAUAUGACGCGUGAAGAGUACGUUUUUUGGUCCGAUUGCCGACAGGCAUCCUUCACAUUCCGUAAAGCGAAGCGUUUUCGCGAAUGGGCUGGCUUUGGCGUUGUGACAGACUUCAAACCAAAUGACGAUAUCGUUGAUAUUCUUGGAUUUCUCACUUUUGAAAUUGUUCAAACUAUUACGGAAGAAGCGCUGAAAGUUAAGGAGCAGGAAGACCGUGGCAAAAAAGGCCGUGGAGGUGCCGAAGACGGAGGAGAGAAGAGCAAGAAACGCAAGCGGGAAACAGGACUUUUUGAUCCUCCAGAGGAAGGUAGAACACCUAUCGAGCCGAGACAUGUCCACGAAGCAUUUCGCAAGCUCCAAGCUACCUCCAAUAAAUCCUCCGCUAUGUUAUUACAUGGUGGACGUGCCCCUGUUCGCACAUCGCUGAUACUUAUCUAA